AUGUCUUUGGCCAAAUCCGCUGCUAACAAACUUGACUGGGCAAAAGUCAUCUCUUCUUUACGUAUAACAGGGUCCACAGCCACUCAAUUGUCCAGUUUCAAGAAGAGAAACGACGAGGCACGUAGGCAAUUAUUGGAGUUACAAAGUCAACCCACCGAGGUAGACUUCGGCCAUUAUAAAUCCGUAUUGAAAAAUAGCCAAGUCAUCGACAAAAUAGAGUCCUACGUGAAACAGUACCAGCCGGUCAAAAUCAAUGCUUCUAAACAAUUACAAGUGAUUGAGUCCUUCGAAAAACACGCAAUGACCAACGCCAAGGAAACCGAAUCCCUAGUCUCCCAGGAGUUGAAGGAUUUGAAGAGCACUUUAGAUAACAUUCAAUCAGCAAGACCAUUCGAUGAACUAACUGUUGAAGAUUUGGUAAAGAUCAAGCCUGAAAUCGAUGCGAAGGUCGAAGAAAUGGUCAAGAAGGGUAAAUGGGACGUUCCUGGUUAUAAAGAGAAAUUCGGUAGUUUGAAUGUGAUGUAA